AGGUGCGGCCACCUGGCAGCGGCAGGUGCUGCGUGAGCGCUGCCAUGGCGACGGCCCAGGGCUGGCGGCGGCCGCGACGGGAAGGCAGGUUCCCCAGGCUGGGCGGCUGCAGGAGCCGGAGAGACAGGAGCCUCGGGCCCUCCAGGGCGAUCUCCCUGACCACCCCUCAAAGCCAAGGGCAGAACGAUUUCCCGCCAGACCCCUCGGGGCGCGGGGUGAGGAUGGCCGAGCCGCAGGGCCGGGAGCCCGAGGCCGAGUGCCCCGUGUGCUGGAACCCCUUCAACAACACCUUCCACACCCCCAAAGUGCUGGACUGCUGCCACUCCUUCUGCGUGGAAUGCCUGGCCCACAUCAGCCUGGUGGCCCCGGCCCCGCGCCGGCUCCUGUGCCCGCUCUGCCGCCAGCCCACGGUGCUGGCCUCAGGCCAGCCGGUCACCGACCUGCCCACGGACACCGCCAUGCUCACGCUGCUCCGCCUGGAGCCCCACCACGUCAUCCUGGAAGGCCGGCAGCUGUGCCUCAAAGACCAGCCCAAGAGCCGCUACUUCCUGCGUCAGCCCCGGGUCUACACACUGGACCUGGGCCCCGAGCCCGGGAGCCAGACGGGACCCCCGCCGCCGCCGGCCACCACCCCCGUGGCCAGGUCCAGGCCCCGGCCCAUCCCCAGCCACUACUCUCUGAGGGAGUGUUUCCGCAACCCCCAGUUCCGGAUCUUUGCCUACCUGAUGGCCGUCAUCCUCAGUGUCACGCUCUUGCUCAUCUUAUCCAUCUUCUGGACCAAGCAGUUCCUCUGGGGCGUGGGGUGAACCCUCCGUUCCCAGAUAAGGACUCGUGUUUUGCUCAGUCGCUGCUGCUGGGUCCGGGGAUGGGCAGCGCCUCGUCCGCAGGCUGACUUCUUUUUUGUAGUAUUGCUCAAGUUUUACCACUCAGGGGUGAGCGAGAGGCUGCGUGCUCCUGGCAACGCACACGGUCCUACAGGGAUGAAAGCGCCAGACAGCGCCAGGCCGGGGAGAGAUGGCAAGAGGCCACUGGGGGGUGAGCCCAGGGGUCGUGGAAGGGCAACUCGAGCUACAGAGCAAAUUUGUGCCAAAGGGGUGGACAACAGGAUCCAGGCACCUGACUAGCCAAGGAGCCAAUCACAUCUCUCCUCCGCCAGCUGCUUGGAACUCAGUACACAGGAUUUUGAAUUGUUCUUUUUAUGUUGCUAACCAAGUUGGAAGCUGAGCUUCCGUGCAGGGAACAUGUGCAUCUCCCUUUGCAGUUUUCUCUUUGGAUGUCUUG